AUAGCGUUGGAUGGCAAUCGCGGUUAAACCCCACAGAAGAAGAAGCAGCAUUAAGCAGAAUUGUUUUCAUCACGUUUUUAGCAGGUUGAAGUUGGUUAACGAACUUCUGUAUAGUUUAAUUUCGUGAAAUACCAUCAGAAAUCGAAGUAACUGAAAUGAUGGAGGAGAAACCCAGCCUGCUGCUCUCCUUCCACACUGAGAUCAAACAAGAACCACUAGAUGCUGAUUGUGACAGUAAAACUCCGUGUUCAUUGGUGGAUUCAGAGAUGACAUCAGUGAAGCAGGAAGACAAAAGUCAAAUACUGGGACUGAAUAUUAAAAUUAAAAAAGAGGAGGAAGAGGAGAAGAAUUUUGGGGGUUUAAUUAGUCAAGAUGUGACUGCUGAAGUUGGAGAGUCUGGAGAGAAACAACAGGCAGACUGCAAAGAUGAGAAACCUCACCCCUGCACCUGUUGUGGAACAUUUUUCCUAAAUGAAUCAGAUUUAAAAAGACAUGUUAACAUAUGUACAAGAGAGAAGUCUUACUCCUGUUCUGAUUGUGGGAAGAGUUUUUCUCACGUAGGUCAUCUUAAACGGCACCAGCACGUACACACUAGAGAGAAACCCUAUUGCUGUUCUAACUGUGGGAAGGGUUUCUCAAUAUUAGGAAACCUUAAUGCUCACCAACGCAUACACACUGGAGAGAAACCUUAUUCAUGUUCUGACUGUGGGAAGUGCUUUUCUCAGCUAAGUCAGCUUAAAAGGCACCAGCACAUACACACUGGAGAGAAGCCACACUCUUGUUCUGAGUGUGGGAAAAGUUUCAUUUCAUCAUAUGAACUUACUAGCCAUAAGAGAGUGCACAUAGAAGAGAAGCUGUACUCCUGUUCUGACUGCGGGAAGAGUUUUUCACAAUUAGGCUAUCUUAAAAAGCACCAGCAAAUACACACUAGAGAGAAUCCUUAUUGCUGUUCUGACUGCGGGAAGACAUUUUCACAGUUAGCUAAGCUUAAAAGGCACCAGCACAAACACACUGGAGAUAAACCGUACUCUUGUUCUGACUGUGGGAAAGGUUUCAUUACAUCAUAUGAACUAACUAGUCAUAAGAGAGUGCACACAGGAGGGAAGAUAUACUCCUGUUCUGACUGCGGGAAGAGUUUUUCGCAAUUAGUUUAUGUCAAAAAGCACCAGCACAUACACUCUAGAGAGAAACCUUAUUGCUGUUCUGACUGUGGGAAGAGUUAUUCUCAGUUAGGUCAGCUUAAAAGGCACCAGCACAUACACACUGAAGAUAAACCAUACUCUUGUUCUGACUGUGGGAAAGGUUUCAUUACAUCAUCUGAGCUUACUAGUCAUAAGAGACUGCACACAGGAGAGAAGCCUUACCUCUGUUCUGAUUGUGGGAAGGGUUUCUCCUGGUUAGGUGGCCUUAAAAGCCACCAGCGUAUACACACUUGAGAUCAACCUUACUCCUGAUCUGACUGUGGGAAAAGUUUCAUUACAUCACCUGAAUUUACAAGCCAUAAAAGAGUCCACACAGGAGAGAAACCUUGCUCUUGUUUUGGCUGUGGGAAUACUUAGAGAGGCGCAAAGCUUUGAGUUCUGCUCUGGAUGUUGCAGGGAUUUCAGAGAAAUGGAAGCUGGGAGUCACAACAGCACACAGCAGAAAUGUUAAAGAAGAAGGGUUGAAAUAAUCUCUGCACAUUUUAUAAUCCCAUAUUGUUUGAGCAACAGAUUUCAUAGAGUAAAGUUUUUUUGUUUCUGUAGUUCUUUUUGAAUGUUUUGCAUUUUUCUCUUGUUGUAUGAUGAUGCUGAUUGCUUUCUCUUUAUUGUGUAUUUGCAUCCCCAUUAGUUCCUGUCAAAUCCGCAGCUACCUCUCCUGGGAUGUGGGGCUGACCUCUUCCUUGGUCUCUCACAAAAUACCUUUCUAACCUCAAAAGCAUUCUCCUGGUUUUAAUGAAGGUCUGAUACAUAUCGAAUGGUAUGUCAGUUAUUCUAUUAAAUUUUUGUUGACAAUUGUUCAUAAUGUUGUUCAUAAUGUUGUUCAUUAUUUGUCCUUGUGUAGAUAAUUAUUCUUGUUAAAACAGACAAUUUAUAUGAACAUGCUUGUCAUCCUUUUGUGUGUUGGAAAGGUUUGGAUGUGGAGAUGGAUAUUGAACUCUUUCCCAUUAAUAUUUUGUGUUUACAUGUAUUUAACAGAUAUUGCAAUAGAGCCAAAACAUGUUUAAAACCGUAGUUCAUAUUUGUCAGUGCCGUCCAGGUCUUUGGGACUUAAAUGGUAAUCCAUUACAUCCUGUUUUACUGGGUAUAAAUUCCUGGAAGAGGUUUCUGGUGUAUUUUACCCCCCACCCACAGUGAGAAGGAUGGUUCAAGUGGCAGCUCUAAGACUAACCAGUUUUGAGAGCGUGUUUGAUGACUGCUGAUUUUCCAAUUUAUAAAAAUUUGACAAUGUUUGUGAGACUUCAU